AUGUUAUACUUUCUUACAACAAGUUACACGCACUGGGAUAUUACCGAUGCUAGACAACAACUUAGUCAGGAAUGUGGUGGAAUGGACCUGAAUCGAAAAUUAAAAGUCGGUUUACAGGCCAUAAUCGACGGUGAAAAUUUCGUAAAAUUGGCCAAGAAGAAGGCUGAAUCACUUAUUAAGACUAUAAAGUUUCAAAAAGAUAAUACUGAAGCUGGUUCAUCUACACCUCAUGAACCUUUUUCAAUCACCAACAACAAUUACAACAAUAUUGGGGAUAACACUACCCAAAUUAUUAACAACCACACAAAUGCCAUCACUCAAGUCAAACGUAGCCGUGACACCAUUUCACCUGCUACUAAAAAGCCGACGAGAAAGCCAAGGCUGGAAUACCUGGCAGAGGGGGAAGGGCCUGUCGUGAUAGACGACACAACUAACAAUUGGGUGGUAAACGGCAUUAAUUUGUCAGAAAAGCUUCAUGACUUUCGUGACAAAGCUAUUUUGAAUGUUGAACAGUAUGAUAGCCCAAGCAACAUUUACGAAGAAUUAGCUUUGAAUGGUAUCUUCUUGCUUGAUGAACCAGGACGAAAACAGUACAAAGUUAGCUCCUCAGUCUUUAUUGCAGCUAAGAACGAAGUAUCAGAACAAUACCCUGCCUCCACCAACGCCAUCAAUAUCACCGACCAAAUCAAGCAAAUCUCUUUGAUCAUGAAGACCGAUUGUGAAAAGGCUGUCGAUUCUGCUUCUGUUUGGGUGACUAAGGCUAUCAGUUCCACAAAAAAUGACGAAAAAAAAGUUGCUCGAUCUUUAUCCCAAGUAUUGGGCAAUUUGGCCCAAAAGAAAGUCAGUAUUUUGAGGGAACCGCUGUUUUGCAGCCAGUUGGUGGAGCCACUAGUUUGUCCGUUCCUGCCACAAUCCAGUGAUGUCAAGCUGAGGGGGAGCUCGGAGGAAUCUGCUGGGUCUAGGGCUAGAAGAGGAAGAGAAGGAAGGAUGCCUGACCUUUCGCUUUGUACAGAUAUAGACGGUUUGAAUCAUGCCCUCUUCCUUUGCGAGGUUAAGUCUUUGAAUUACAUCAUGCAAGAGAAUAGCCAUUCUGACCCCGACUUCAUCAAACUGAUGAAUAUCAUGAAGGAUGAGCUUGAUUUCACCGCCGGCCUCGACAACAAAAGUCGAAUUGUUUAUUCUCUGCUUGUUCAAGGUGAUCUAUGUCGUAUGUUUGCCAUGGAUUUUAUGUAUCACAAGACGUACAGAGUGAUUAUGCUUGACCAGUUCCAUCUCCCAAUUGAUAUCCAUGAUGUGCAACGAUUGGACAGCUGCUACGGUGCCCUGCUGAGGCUGGAAAGUCUGCUGAUAAGUCUCAUUGGUGAGUUCACCGAUUAUUUUUAUGGAUCAGGACCUUCAACACCAGUAGAAGGAAGGCUAACGACUGAGUCUUUGAAGAGCUUUUCUUCUCCCAAAAAGGAGUAA